UUCUAGGGAGGGACGGGUCAGGAAGUUGUGAUUGAAUUGUAUCGGGAUCGCUGAAUUUAACAUUUGGAAUCGCCAAGAAGCUAGUAAAUGUGACUAUUCGGACGUAAAAAUUCUAUUAACACAGAAAGUGUUCUGUUCUAAAGUCGCUUAAUGGAGGAAUUUAUGCUUUGCAAUUAUUUCCCCCAACUCGUCCCCCGAAGGAAUAAACAAAUAAUGUUUUCCGGUGAUCGCGGGCUCAAUAGGUUCUAAACAUUACGAACAUGGCGGCCAGCUCUCGUUGUCUUCGCAUUUCUUCUCAACUUUGCCGUCCGCUCAUUGCUGAUGGGAUCCGUUGUUUUUUAAGGGAACGAUGUGUAUUAUUCUAUCACAGAUGCAGCUUGAGUUAUUUAGCGCUAGGGAGAAGUGGAUCGCCUGCAUUUCCGACUACAUUUUCAAGGCACAACGUGGGAAAUUUUUUGAGAUUACGAGAAAACAGACUUUCAACGACUGGACCUGGCCCUGACAAUACUCCACAGCUCACAUUUGAAACCCUUUCAAACUUAAUAAAAGACAAAUUACAAGAUUCCCUGGAUCAAAGUAAUUUGGAACAACAUAUGAAACUUCUAGAAGCUUUGAUCAAGCACUGGAAAGGAGAAGUGUUAUCAGUGUCAGUCACAAGAACUGCAGAAGGAUUAUCUCCAAAGGAUGUCUACUGGCUUGCUACACUUAUUUUUGACACCCAGGAAUCAAUAGGAAAAGAUGCAGUUGAAUUAGCUGCUCCACUUUUCAGAUUUUCAGCAAUGGCUGGUAAUCCAGAUGGAAUGUACAGUUAUGGGAAACUACUAGAAACAGGAGAAGGCGGAGUAGAGAAAGACCUUGUUGAAGCUGGAAAGCUGUUUACAGAGCUUGCUGAACAGGGCCAUCCGUUUGCUCAGUUUUCUCUUGCACAAUUUUAUCACAAUGGCACUGGAAUGAAACAGGACUUGCAGAUGGCACUCAGGCUGUAUGAGGCCAGUGCAAAGAAUGGCGUCAGAGAGGCUAACACUAUGAUUGGAAACUUAUACGCUAGUGGAGAGAUUGGAAAGGUGGAUCUUGCAAAGGCAGCUAAAUACUUCACAAAAGCAGCUGAAAAAGGUGAUGUGUCAGCUCUCAUGACUCUUGGUGCAUUUUACAAGAAAGGCACAGGAGUUGAGAAAGACUUUGAAAAAUCAUUCAAUUGUUAUAAGGCAGCAGCUGACCAAGGUUACCUAACAGCUCAGUAUAAUGUUGGAGUAAACUACUUUGCUGGCAUGGGUGUCACGCAUGACUUCAAAAAAGCAGCUUAUUAUUUUGAUAUCGCUGCUCGCAGAGGACACCUGCUGGCCAAGAUGAACCUGGGGAACAUGUAUUACUAUGGAUAUGGCGUGGAUAAAAACUGGGAGAAGUCGCGAGAACUUUACAGAGAGGCUGCAAAAGAGAGCAAACAUGGCGAACUUUUGCUUCAAGAACUUGAGGAUGAGAUGAAGGAUCUGAACAAAACUGACGACCCUUAUUAAUUUGGCAAACAAAUUGGGAGCUUAUGCACAAUGCAAAGAAUUUCUAAUGUGAGAGUUAUUCUGAGUCUUACGUCGCACGAUACAAUUGGCUGUCCACAUGCGACAGCGGGUUAGAAGUUUGGGGAUACGUAUAGUCGAAGACCUGUUGCUGAGAGAUGUUCGAGACAUGUUGCUACGUUGCUCGGAGAAGAAACUUUAAGUUGAUCAGGAAAAAUGAUUGUAAUAACUGGGUUUUCGUCGCUGGCAGACGUUAUGGAAGGAAGGUUGUCAGAGACAGCUUCAGUCUCAACUGCUAUUAAGCGGUCAACUUUAUUCAGCGGGCAUUUUUUAUAAGAGCAAGUGGCCACCCUUUACAUGGAUUUACUCGCGUAUUUUAUUGAUUGGUUUUGGUUCGCCCUCAACGAACAUUUUACACUGAUGAACACGGAAUUAAGCCUACGGACUGUACUUGGAUUAACUGAAACUCCCUGAAACGUCCAGACUUUUUUCGUAAAGGGAUCUUCUUAUUACUUCUUGAUUGCAUGUUAUGCCACAGUACAGCAUGAACAACGAACAGUAUUAAGCACGUGAUAGGUUACACUCGUUCAAGGACACUAUCCAGUUUGCACUCGUCCCAGGACUCUAUCCACGUCUCUAAAACCAACGCCUCUAAAGUUUCCUUCGUACAAACUAACUGUUUUUCUUCUUUAUUGCCGAGAUUGUUAUUUAGAAGCUUAAGCUAAGUAAACCACGACGGCAGCGGCAACGAGAAUGGCGGUCACCAACGCUGUCAUUACAUAUAAACAAGUUUUCAGACCAUUAGGCAUUGUGAAAAGGUCUCGAUGAUUGCGAAAUUCGAAGGUGAAACGUAAAUUCAGUUUUUACUAGACGUCUUUUUCACUGAACGCCUUCCUCGGCGGCGUCGUUGUCGUUGCUUAAGCUUAAGCUUAAAGGAGCAACUUCGCGGUUUGGGCAUCUUGAAAAGUGUAGCCUAAAUUU